AUGGCUUGUAUUACCAUAAAGCUUUCCAGCGAUAAAAAUCAGAUGCGCAAUGCUCUGUGUUUUGUCUGGGUAGAGAAGGCGGAAUACAUCUUCAUGACUCAGCCUGUCUCCGUCAAGGCGAUACUUGGUAAACAACCUUUUUCUGCCUCUGCCGGACCUGCAUCAUUGCCCACGCUGCGCCAUCUGCGAUUUUGGCUGGUAUUGAACAUGGAUGAAGUUAGAUCGGUGGACGAUACGCCAGUCUCACCAACGCGCAGAAAGAAAGCCCGGUAUAGCCGCCUAGAAAGCAUGCGUUUCAAUGUCGAACUAAGGAGUAAAAUAAUAGACACUAAUGAAAAACCGUACCAAUGCGAUUGUGGGGCGACCUUUAGCAGACGUGAUCUUCUGAAGCGCCAUCAAAGUAUUGGCCAUGCUCCGAACACCCCAUCAUCACAGCCUUUCUCGUCCUUACCUGCGGUCUACGAACCCACCAAUGUUCAAUCUAAUAAGGAUGAAACCUACUUGGGCGUGAGGCCUCCAUUAUUGGAGUCGACGGAGUCCUUAAUUACACAAGUAGGUUCAGCCGGCCGGGAUGGCCAAGUGGAAGAGGAACGGCUUGAAGCCAAUCUACUGUUCAAUCCCCAGGACCUUUCAGUUUUCCAAGACCUGGACAUGUUCAAUAACAACCUGGGACUUAACGACGACUGGUAUUUUCCAUCUGAGCCAAGCCUUGUCAGAAUAUUUCCUGGAGACUUUGCGUCUAAUAACAUGCCAACAACAUCCAUCGCCAAUCCACCCAAUGGUCCUCCUUCAGGUGCAGAACAAAUACUGAGCAAGCUUCCAACUGACAGAGAAGCUGUUGCUAACAAUCUACCAUCCUGCCACUCGCUAUCAAGAUUCAUCAAUGGCUUCUUUGAUGGUUUCUAUCCCCACCUACCAAUGGUGCACAUUCCAACAUUCAAGAUCGAGGAAUGUGAACCAGAAAUGCUACUGGCUAUGUGUGCUCUCGGUGCAGAAUCUCGGCAUGAGAAUCGCAAAGCAGCAUUGUUAUUUCAUGCAGCGAAGGACAUACUGCAUGCACGGGGUAAAGAGUGGGCAGAUAUUGAAAUUGCUUCAGGUGCCUCAGAAGGAAGCUCAACAUUUCCAAAUCAGCAAGCCUUCAAUUCCACCGACAAAAUAAUGCAGUGUCGUAGAUAUAUGCGUGAAGCCCGGUGCGCAUUUCUCCUCGUUGCGUUUGCGACCUGGCAACGCGAGGAAAGCAUACACCGCGAGGCUUUCAAUCUCCAGAGCUUCCUGGCUAGAUGCGUUAGAGAGUCACAAUUGAAAGAGGCCGAUGAUUCUUCAGUUACCAACACUGACAGCUGGCAUUUGUGGAUUCAGCAAGAAACCGACAGGAGGGUAAAACUCUUCUCUUUCUCUUUAUUGACUCUUCAGUCUAUAGCAUUUGGUACACCACCAGCCAUCCUGGCCGAUGAAAUCAACGUUCGUCUCCCAUGUAGCUGCCUCGAAUGGAUUGCUCCGAACGAGCAGAAGUGGAAACAUGUUCGAAGACCUGGCCAUAAAGAGCAGAUGUUGUUCCAAGAUGCUCUAUGUCACGUUAUGAAGAAUACACGAGAUACUAAUUUGAAAGGCACCCUCCCGGUUCCUUCACCGUUGUCGAACUACAUCCUAUUACACGCCAUUAUCCAGCGGAUCUUGCUCGCAUAUCACACCCUUGGCCCAUAUAAUGAUGUGAAUAACACCGUACUAAAUGGGCAAAAGGAAGUCAUGCGCAACUCUCUUUAUGCAUGGACCUCUCUUUGGCAACAAGCACCUGAAUCGAGUCUGGACCCUCGAAAUCCCAAUGGCCCUGUGACAUAUACUUCAACUGCCCUGCUGGGUGUUGCAUAUAUUCGACUUGGCCUCGAUUUAGGCUCAUAUAGAAUUCUUCAGUCUCGUGAUGCUAGAGAAAUAGCAAACCGACUGUUACAAAUACCUCGUUUGCCACCUGGCCCUCACCUUCUCCCAGCAAUUCUACAUGCGACGCAUGCUCUCAGCAUCCCUGUCAAAUUAGGGGUAAAUUAUGUGGCUCGAAGCCAUGCGUUCGUCUGGAGCGUUCAACACUCUCUUUGUGGACUGGAGUUCGCGAUCUUUCUCAGCAAAUGGCUGUUUUGUAUUGCCGACAACCAGACCAGAAGGCCACUAGAUGAACAUGAAGCGCGGCUCGUAAAUUGGAUCAGCGAUAUUGUGGAAGAAGGACGAACAUCAGCAGACGAGGAUCUGUGGUCUCGGCCUUCAGAUCUGUCCGAUUGUUCUUAUCUAGGAUUUGCCGUCGUAAAGCUAUGGGCCCGUCUGAUCAAGGGAAAUGGCCAAUGGUCAUUAUUCGAGGUUGUUGGUGAUGGACUUGACCUCUAUGCCAACACUUGUGAGCAGAACCUUAUCAAUUCUCAGACAGCUAUGUCCGAGUCACGUUAA